AACACUAUAAAAAAAGGUUUAUGGUGCUGAAUAUGAAGACAUCUCAGAUGUGAUUUGUAUGCUGUUUGAUAUCCACUUCAUUAAUCCAAACUGUUUAUCAUCACAUUUCAUGCCUUUAUUAGGUAAGGUCUUCACAUGUCUGCAUUAUGAUUUAAAGGCUGCAGUACAGUGCGUGCUUGUAAAAACGGCAGCUGACACAAAGAUUAAGCACCCUUGUGACUCGUUAAGUCCUAGAUAAUUCACUGCUGACUCGAUCCAAAAUAGCUACAGGUAACCUUUUUUAUUGGUGCUACUGGUAGUAAUGCAAGACGCAAACAAGCACAUAAAAUAAGAACCAAUGCGAGGCAUGAAAACAUUAUCAACCAUGAUGUGCAUAAAAUCUUUUGCUGUGUGAUCUAUCUAUUGAAAAUGUCCUUUGUUCAUGAGUCACUAUGAUAAGAAAUGAAGUUUGGUGCCUUUGGUGAAUUUGUACGCAUGACUGAGAAAUAUAUUGGUCAUUUUGCCAUAGUAGUAGAUAGUAUUUAGUAUCCACUCCUGUUUCAGUUGUAUUCCUUUCACUGUGAGGUGAUAGCAGUCGAGGCAUCUUUCUUCUUAGGGGGGGUUUAUUAAUUAUCGUCAACACCCUUCAAAACAUGACAGACGUUGUUUUAUGCAUCCACGUCAGCAGAGACAGACAGUCCUUUUGAGUAGGGAAAGGCAGGACUGAAUCCAUAUGUACAGUAUAUAUAUUAGGUUCCAUGCUUGGACAGCCGUAGCAGCUUGUGUGACUCAGGGGCAAUCAAUAGUUCACUGGACUUACAAUCUUACCAGACAGCACACAUGGGAGUGUCAGAUGUUCAAGAGGCUGCUGGCAAGAGUUUUGGCGUCAACGAAGGAGCCGACACUUUAAAACAGGAAUAUCUGGCAGGUGAAUAUGAGAAAUCCAUUUGCCAAGAGAGAAAAGAUGAGAUGAGGAUUAACAGUGACUAUGAAAUCGCAAAGUCAAACAAAGUUAACAGACUAAACCAGGACUUCCAGAAGAUUUUGGAAGUGAGGCAGAGGAGGAAAGAGAGGAAGAUCUCUGAGCACAAACAACAGCCAGCACCUGAGAUAGUGUCUGAUUUUGUUGAUGAAGAUGACUUUCUGAAAGCAGUAGUGGACAACAAAUUACCAAUGGUUGAGAGUUAUCUCGCCAGGCAUGCAGACCCAAACGCAUGUGAUAGUUUCAACCGCACAGCUCUCCACAGAGCGUGCUCUCGGGGGAAUGUGGAGAUUGUGAGGAGACUUCUGGAAGCUGGGGCUUUAAUUGAAAACAAGGAUAAGCUUGACGCGACUGCUGUUCACUGGGCCUGCCGUGGAGGAAGCCUACCUGUUCUCGAGCUGCUCCUCAACCACAAAGGCAACCUCCAUGCCAAAGACAAGCUCCAGAGUACUCCUCUUCAUGUGGCAGUGAGGACAGGUCACUAUGAAUGUGCUGAACAUCUCAUUCACUGCGGUGCCGACGUCAACGCAAAAGACAGAGAGGGAGAUACGCCAAUGCAUGAUGCUGUACGGCUGAACAGAUUCAAAUUUAUCCAGCUGCUCCUGCUGCAUGGAGCCAAUCUGAAACUGAAGAACUAUGAUGGCAAAUCACCCAUGGACAGCGUUCUGAAGUGGCAGAAUGGAGCUAAAAGUAUCCUAGACAACUAUAAGCACAAUAAAAAUUCACAAGACAAGUAAAGGGGAGAAGUAGCAACAAGCUGUACAACACUGUUGAGCAGAAAGUGAUCCACACUUGAAUAGAAAGUGAUACUUUUAGGUGGGCUGCUGAUAUACAAGUUGGAACGGUAAUCAGAUUUGUUGAAAGAAAUAUGUGAAAAUAUGAAAUAUUUUUUGAGGGUAUUGGAAAGUAAGGUGAAAUAUAAUGACAUUAAUUGACUAAGAAUUGGUAGCAGACUGAAACAAAAUGCUGUAGAAACCUAUUGUCCUAUUGUUUGCAGUGCUGUUUUUGGCAGUAUGUUUAACUAUAAGUUACUGACAUUAUUAAUGGAUUUCUUUAAAGCCUAACAAACCAAUACUGUGCUUUGAAUAUGUGCCUUGUUUGAUAGUGCCAUAUACACUCGCUGUCCACAACAGUCUCUAGAGUUUAUACAGAAUGGUGCAAAAAACAUCCUGUGAGCGGAGGAUCUGCAAGUUGCAACACGUUGUUGGUAAGAGAGGUCAGAGGAGAAUGACCAGACUGGUCUGAGCUGACAGGAAGUCUAUAGUAAUUCAAAUAAUCACUCUUUACGACUGUGAUGAGCAGAAAAGCACCUCAGAUCACACAACAUCUGGCCAUUUUCCUCUGCCUUCUCUUAUCAACAAGACAUUUCCACCCACAGACCUGUCUCUUACUCAAUGUUUUUGUUUUUUCACCAUUCUGUGUAAACUCUAGAGACCGUUGUGUGUGAAAUUCCCAGAUCAGCAGUUUCUGAAAUACUUGAACCAGCCCAUCUGGUACCAACAAGUAUGCCUUGGUUAAAGCCACAGAUUUCUUCCCCAUUCUGAUGUAUGAUGUGAAUAUUAACUGAAGCUCUUGACCUAUAUCUGCAUGAUUUAAUGCAUUGUGCUGCAGGUGCACAGGUGUUCCUAUUAAAGUGGACGGUGAGUGUAUUUUCAGUAAUGAUUUAAUAUUGUCUCCAUCAUGACUUGCAUUGUUUUUUGAUUUUCAGAAAUGGCUAUAAGUGUAAUAAGUGUAAAUGUGACUUAUUUUAGUAAAAUUGUACUGAAUAAA